AUGAGUGAAUUUAAUACUUCUAGUCCUCGUGUACGUAAACGAAAAGGAAGCAGCAAAUCAAUUACAAGGAGCAACAAAAGAAGAGCUUCCACAAUUGAAGUGAACGUAAAACAAGAACCCAUCGCUGCUUCACCUAUAUUAUCACCGAAAGAACUUCCUAAAUCAAUCGUCACUGAAAUUCCCUCACCUCAAGUUACAUUACCCAAUGAUCAACUUCGUCAACCAACGAGACCAAACUUGGAAACGCAAUUUAAUCAUUCAUUUCCAAAAAAUUUUACAAUGAUUCCAAACGAAAUAUUCGCUCAAAUAUGUGCUCAUUUGCCUCCAAGUGAUUUAUUAUCAAUGACAUUGGUGUGUAGAAAAUUAAAUGAAUUACUCUGCAGCCUUCAUUCUCAAGAAACCCAGGCGAUUUGGAAAACUUCUAGGACGAGAUUCUUGAGAUUUCUUCAAUUGAAUCCCCCACCAGAAUUGGAUGAAAAGAGUUAUUUCGUUCUGAGGCAAUUGGAAAACGGUUGUCAAUUUUGCCAUGGUCAUGGAAUUGGUCUCAUUAGGGUUUAUUGGGAAUUUCGCGUACGUUGCUGCGAAUCAUGUCUUGACAAAAACACGAUGAGACGUGACACGCUUUAUAUUGAUUUACGUGUCCCAGACGAAGUUCUUCGAACCCUUCCACGAAUCUUUCGUGGCGCGUCUCAUGUAUAUUGGAUGAGGGAUGUUGAUCGGGCGAUGAUAGAAUAUAAUAAUCUUAGGAAGGAAGAGAUACAAUUUUGGGUUGAACAUAAAGAAAAUAUCGCGCAUAGGAUCAUGCAGCAGGCGGAGACUUAUGAGCAGGAAGAAAACGAUGAAAGACUAUCGAAGCUUGAAGGACGUUUCGUUGCGCAAUCGCCAAAUAAUUUGCCACAACAAGUUCCAAUACCACAACGGCAAAUAUUUAUAAGACAACCACAACUGGUAACCAAUCCCAUGAAUAAUUUUUAUGUCAUCAAUUCCUCAUCCAAUUACACAACCGAUAAACCAAUUUACACAUCACCACAGAUAAGUUUCACACAACCUCAUCAAUUCUGCCGAUCAAAAGUAAUCCUCCCGUCGCAAUAUGUGAAAUCACAACUCUUAUAUUCACAUUAUCCUCAUCAUCCUCAACCGCGACAACAAAUUUUUCCACAACACCAAAUGAUCCCAGCUCACGUGGUGGCAGGUAUUCCCCAACCAAUAUUAGCUCCCCAACCACCCCCUCAAUUUCCCCAUUUGCUAACUCCUCAAAUGAUGUCCUCUCAUUACGAAAAGUUUGGACAAUUUUAA